CUCAAUACUCCCUACCCAUGACGCACCGCGGUCGUUCUUAGUGGUAAAGAUGGCGUCGAGGGCACCAGCAGCCACAGGCAGGCUAAUGCUUGGAUUCCGCAAAUGGUAUUACAGCAUGUGUGGCUUCAACAAGAUCGGUUUAAUGCGUGAUGACACAAUCUAUGAGGAUUCAGAUGUGAAAGAGGCCCUGAGGAGGCUUCCAGAGAGCAUAUACAAUGACAGGAUGUUCAGGAUCAAGAGAGCCCUGGAUCUGUCCAUGAAGCAGCAGAUCCUCCCUAAAGACCAGUGGACGAAGUAUGAAGAGGAUAUCAGUUACCUGUCCCCAUAUCUGAACGAGGUGAUCCGUGAGCGGAAAGAAAGAGAGGAGUGGAUGAAGAAAUAGAUGGCUCCUGGUCUUCAGUCAGUGCAUGGUUGUCCUCUGGUGUAAUGUUUAAAAUGAAAUGUAAACUAUAUAAGACAGUGCUCAUUAAACAAAUGUACAUUUUA